AUACACAGAGGAAAUCUAAAGAAUCUGAUCGGGUAAUUUAAGGACUUUUUUAACUGUAUUCAUCAGCUGCCAGCUGUUUUUUUUUUAGUGGAUAACAACACGAGAGCCACAUAAAUUGUCAGAAAAAACACAUUUCGUCUUUCAUCAGCUAGUUUUAACUUUUUCUUGACAGCUCUUUGUGAUCAUACCAGCAAAUUUAUCUGAAGACGUGAAAAUAUUGCGAAUAUUUUGGUUUAGAGACCAAGGGGUCAAAAUUUCGAAAAUAUGAUUCUCACGUCUGUUGAAGUGACUUGCUUCAUUCACAUGAUUUUAGAAAAAAGGUGAUCACGUAAUGACGAAUUUCGUGAUCUCUUCGUGUCAUGGCUGAAUCUGCCGUCGAGGAAGUUGCUUCACAAUUUGUUGGCAAGUUUGUUGAGUUUCGCACUUUCUGGCAAGAUACAAUCCAAGGGCAACUGCCCUGUGGCUUUACGCCCAUUUCUCAGUCACGUGUCAUAGGAGGCCAGGAUGCUAAGCCAGGAGCUUGGCCGUGGCAGAUAGCUUUACAGCGUUAUGGAAGUUUUAUCUGUGGAGGAUCACUGAUUAGUUCUGACUGGAUAGUAACCGCUGCUCACUGCGUGGCAGGCAGUUUAAAUCCUGCUGAUUAUAAAAUUGUCGUGGGUGAUCACAAUCGCAACACAAACGAGGGCACAGAGGAAACGAUUGGAGCCAAACAAAUCAUCUACCACCCACAGUAUAACCCAAGCGUAAUCAACAAUGACAUCGCCUUGAUUCAACUAGCCAGUGCUGUAAAGCUUUCCCAGAGAGUGAAUCCUAUCUGCUUACCAUCUCAUGACUCCGAUAUUCCCAUAGGAUCAAAAUGCUACAUCACAGGCUGGGGAAAGAUCAAACAUCCAGGAAGUUCUCAUCCCAUCCUACAGCAGGCCAUGAUGCCGCCCAUCGACAAAGGGAAGUGCCAACAAAAGAUUCAAGCCGCUGGAGUUCCAAUCCCUUUAACUCCACAAAUGUUGUGCGCGGGCGUCGAGAAUACAAUAUUAAGCGGUUGUCAUGGCGACAGUGGAGGUCCGUAUGCGUGCCUGAAUUCGGACAUGAAAACCUACACCCUGCACGGUGCCGUCAGUUGGGGCUCUGGAUCAUGCGAUGCUAACCAGCUUUUCUCUGUGUUCGCACGAGUAACAAAGUUCCGAGCUUGGAUCAAGCAGCACACGGGAAUCACGGGAGGAGGAGGAGGCUCACCGCCACCUCCAUCUACUCCUCCCACGCCCACGACACCUGGGAGCAGCGAAUGUUCAAACUACCAAGUUCUGAGUGACAGUGACCGUGCCAAAGGAUUCAAGACCGUUAAUAGCUUCAAAUGUGAUCGACCAUUUACAACGGAUUGGUAUAAGUUCGAAGGAGGCGCAGGCACACAAAUGCCUGAUCAAGUUGUACCCACACACCACUGCGGUACGCAUGCACCAGGCUGGCUUAAUGGUUCGCAUCCAACAGUAGCUGAAGGGAUUGUCUCACGCCAAGUUUGUUUUCAUUGGUCCGGCAAUCCUUGCAAAUGGUCUAUAUUUAUCCGGGUUCGUAACUGCGGUGGUUACUUCGUGUAUUUGCUGGCUCGGACACCCACCUGCUAUCUGCGGUACUGUGGCAACAGCGAUCAAGGAAGUUCACCUCCACCCCCAUUUACAACGUCAGCACCAACACCUCCACCUCCAACGACCCCAACAGGUCAAUACGAAUGUUCAAACUACCAAGUACUGAAUGAUACGGAUCGUGCUAGAGGAUUCAAGGCGCUUAGUAACUUCAAAUGUGAUGUACCGUUUACAAAGCAGUGGUAUAAGUUCGAAGGAGGCGCAGGCACACAGAUGCCUGAUCAAGUUGUACCCACACACCACUGCGGAACGCAUGCGCCAGGCUGGCUUAAUGGCUUGCAUCCAACAGUAGCUGAAGGUGCUGUCAAACGUAAAGUUUGUUUUCAUUGGUCCAGCAAUCCUUGCUAUUGGUAUAGAGACAUCCGGGUUCGUAACUGCGGUGGUUACUACGUGUAUGAGUUGUGGCGAACACCCACCUGCCAUCUACGGUAUUGUGGCAACAACGAUCUAGGUUCAACACCGCCCCCAGCAACAACAAAACCACCAGUGCCUACGCCCACCUCAUCUGGAAGCAACGGAUGCGGGACAAGUUCACCAGCAACACCUCCACCGCCGACGACACCUGUAGGACCAUCCGGUUCUUGCGGCAUCCGUCCACACUCCAGGAUUGUCGGCGGUGUGAAUGCUAAACAUGGCGACUGGCCGUGGCAAGUUCAGUUACGUACUACUUCCGGUUUCCCUUACUGUGGAGGUUCCUUGGUGUCUGAUCAGUGGGUGGUAACAGCGACUCACUGUGUCCUGAAUGAAUCACCCAGCUCUAUCGUCAUAAGACUUGGUGCCCACAGACGUGUACACACCGUUGGAACCGAGCAGGACAUUGUCGUGAGCAAAGUGAUAACCCAUCCAUCGUACCACCAGCCGACCAAAUACAGUCACGACAUCGCCUUACUUAAACUGGAAAAACCAGCUCAGCUAGACAGGUUUGUAAAUCUGGUGUGUCUGCCGCAAGCCGUAGCCGAACCAACUGACGGUACCAAAUGCUGGAUUACGGGAUGGGGUCGACUUGCUUCCGGUGGAUUGGUUCCAGACUAUCUUCAGCAGGUCCAAGUUCCCGUAGUCAGCCGCGCCCGCUGUGACUCAGCCUACCCAGGGAAGAUCCAUGACUCCAUGAUCUGCGCAGGCCUAGACCAGGGUGGAAUUGACUCCUGUCAGGGGGAUAGUGGGGGACCGAUGGUGUGUGAGACUGGUGGGAAGUUUUAUCUUCAUGGCGUCACCAGCUGGGGCUAUGGAUGUGCGCAGGCCGGAAAGUUUGGCGUGUAUGCCAAGACGAAAUACCUCAUGGCGUGGCUAAACAGCGAAAUGUCCAAGAACUAAUCUAACGGGCGAUGGUUUAGUGGGGGAUAACAUUAAGCAUAAAUCGUGGGUUCAUAGUACAAAGAUUCUUCUUUUAAACUCGUGGAAGAAACCAGAAAGACCUUGUGGCAAAAAUGGUCAAUAAAAACAUUGAAAAC